CUGAGCAAACCCAAUUUAGUUUCUCAUUGAUAAUCGGAGUGAGUGGGAUUGCCGUUUUGUGCUCCGUAACUUUGCGAGUCGAGUGUUUAAAUUUAUUAAUUUUGUGAGUCAGUGUCGGUGCACUUGUUUUUAUACAUUUCAUCUGUAUAUGAAUACACGUAGUGUAUGAGUGUGUUUGUGUGACAAAAUACAUGCACGGUUAAAUAAAGAACCAAAUGUAAAAUAUUGCUAAUGCUUACUUUCUUCUUCAACAACUUCAACAUAAACUAGAUUCAAUAUCUAAAUAAUUUAUAAAUACCCACAUCGAAAAAUCUAUUUGAUUCCAAUUAUCUGCAUUUGCAUUGCAGAAUAAAACUUAUAUGCUAUGUCUGGUGUGAGCAAUAACACCAGCAAUAGCGCUCUGAAAGGUGCUCCCAAUUCCUCCACCACAUCGCCGAGAAAUGAAAAUCCAAAUAGCAGUGGGAACGCUUCAAUUUGUUUGACUCCCAGAUUCACAAAUGAGGAAAAGGCAAUCCUUUAUAGUUUGUUCCGCAAGCACGAGGAAGUCAUCGACAUAAAAUACCGCAAGAAGCAAAAAGGCAAAUACUCGGUUCGGGACGCAUGGCAGUCGAUUGUUGAGGACUUCAAUGGAAACCCUUGCGUGACAAUCUUUCGUAACCUCAAGCAAAUUCAGAAAUUUUGGUUGAAUGCCAGAUUGCGGAAACAAUAUCCAUUUCAACAAGAUAAUGAUAAGAAACAAAAUAUUACCCGCAAGACUUCCACUUCUGGCAAUUCUGUGACUGUGUCGCCAAAAACUUUGGAUUGUGUGCCAGCUCCAAUUAAAUGCGAACCAGAAUUCAUUCUUCCAGCAAAUAGCACACCACAAUCAACGCAUAAUGCUGAGGAAUACGAAGAGAUCGAAUUACAGGGCACCACUGUUACCGAUACACUUAAUGCAGAAUCAUUAGAAGAUUCAACAGAAAUUCAACAAAUUCAUGAACAAAAUCAUCAAGAUAUUCAACAACAAAUCAUCCAGCAACAACAGCAGCAACAACAACAACAGCAGCAGCAACAACAACAACAACAGCAACAACAACAACACAAUCAUCAAAACCAACAACAUGCGACCGUACAAGCGCAACAGGUCAAUGUUGAUCAAAUAAGUGCCGAAAAACUCACUCUUAACGAUCUACUUCACUUCAAGAACGCUCGUCCUCGUGAUGAAAUUAUUUUGCAGAUCAAGCAUCCUGAUGGCGGAUCAAUAACCCUGCCAUCACCCACUCGCAUUACUAUUCCCCAUCAGCAUAGCAGCUAUAACCACAUUAUUGGUGAAAUUAAAGGACAACCACAAACGCCACAUAUUCAAGUACAACACUACCAAACCCAACAAAUUCAACAACAAUCACCUCAGCAAGUUGCUCAGCAGCAGCAACAACAACAACAACAACAACAACAACAAAUUCAGCAACAAUAUAGCGCAGCCAAUUCAACCUAUUGCACUUAUACCACACAACACCUGCCCCAUGCUACAUUGCCAUCAAAUAUCGGACAAACUGUUAGUACAGCAAAUCAAGCCAGCUUUGUGGUAUCAGAAUCCUUCGACGAUAAGGUAAACUUUUUCAAGCUGAAAGAGGCCGAGCUUCGGUACAAAGAAGUACAACUUCAAUUAGAACAGAAACGCAUUGAAAUAUCGCGUAUGCAAGAAGAGCUUAAGCAUCAAAAGGAAAUGCAUCGGUUGCAAGUUGACGAAAUGAAAAUUAAAAUUAGAAUCUUAAGUGAAGAAGAACGUAAGUUGAGAAAUAAAGAGAGUUAGUUAUAAAAUAAAGAAAA